UCUACAAGAGCACCUUGCAUCCAAAUUGAUAAGUAUUCAAGUAGAAAAAGUAUGUAAAAAAUACUUUGUACUAUGUGUCAUUGUCAGUAUUGUUAAAAUCGCAUGAAUUAUAGUUAUUGAAUGUUUUGCAUUAUUUAUGUUGAAUGUUUGUCACGAAAAAUGUUGAACAAUAAUCAAAAAAUGAAUGAUACAUUUUAGUAAAUGAAUCAACUGUGUAUGAAAAUAAAAGAGCAUUGCGCAUUGAGAACAUACUUCAACUGCAUCAUGUUCAUGGUGGCGAGUAGCGUAGUCUUAACAGUCUUGGUGCUGAACUAUCACCAUCGAACUGCGGACAACCACGAGAUGAGUCAAUGGAUUAAAUCGGUCCUGCUUCAAUGGCUGCCAUGGAUGCUUCGCAUGACAAGGCCUGGUAGGAAGAUCACGAGAAAAAAAAUCAUAGAAAACAGCAAGAUAAGAGAAUUGGAGCGGAAAAAUCAAGGCAGUCAAAGUCUUAUUGCAAAUGUUGUUGAUCUCAACGAUGAUCUUCUACUUAGGUUUCCUGUAUCAACUUACCCCCGCACACCGGGUCAUCACCCUUCUGGCAGGCCUCCUACCAUUGAAGAGACCACAACCUUUAUGCCUCUCAAUGGUACUCAAGUUGAGCUUCAGAAUAUUCUGAGGGAGCUUCAGUUUAUUACUCAACAUAUGAAAAAAACCGAAAUGGAGGCAGAAAUUAUCAGCGAUUGGAAAUUUGCUGCCAUGGUUGUUGACAGGCUUUGUCUGAUUGUUUUCACACUAUUCACCGUGAUUGCAACGAUAGCAGUUCUUUUCUCAGCGCCGCAUAUAAUCGUCCAGUAGUAAACUGCCCAGGCCCAGCAGUCAAAAAACCUUUCCGAAGAAAGCUCCUCCUGAUUCUAGUAAUGAAAGAAAAAAUCAGCUAGUGAAAAAGUAAACCAACAAAAACAAGUGAUAAUGGUCAAUAAAUAAUCGGCCGUGUCAAAAAAUAAGUUGGUACAAGUGUAAGCAUUUAUUUGGAAUAAAGUACAAUAAAACAACAAGACGAGGAAGGAAUAAAAAAAAAAAUAAGAGUAAGGAAUGCCAAAGAAAUAACUAGCUGAAAUUCAACCAUAAGAAUCAGGGGAAUUCUUCACAACCCAAACUAUGUUCUCCAAGUACUUUCGAUAACUUCUCUGAAUUUCUUUUCUCGACAUUAUUCUCCGCGACGCGAGUAUGCCAAAAAGUGAUUUAAAAAUAUAUACGUAUGUAUAUAUGUACACCAAAAGAUCACAAAUUCUCAAAGUACUGGAACCUCUAUGUCUUCACAUCAUGACCAUUGGAUUUCUCAAUCUCGCAAGAAGAAGAAUUGCGCGGUAAGAAGAAUUUCAAUUGAUUCGUCGAUAAAAAUAAUUCAACCAACAAAUUACUUGCGAGAAGAUGCUCAAGUUCAUUCUCUAUCUCUUUUAUCGUCGUGUUAUACGCAAAUCAUAGAGAUCAAGAGAAAAUAAAUCAAGACACUAAAUAAAAACUGCCAGUCGAUUCGCCUGCAUCAAAAACGCUGGCGGUAGGAAUAAUAUUAAAUUUGCAAAUACUCUUUUUAUCUCAACACACUCAUCGAUAUAUCUUCGACAAGAAAACAAAACCAAAAACUGUAUCAUUACUAUUAUUAUUAUUAAAUAUGUAAGUAUAUGAUUAAUACAUACAUGAUAUAAUAAUAAUUAAUCGAUUAACGUUAAUGAACCGCCGACUUUGUUUAUCGCGAUUGUAAAUAUGAAUUUGCAAAAGAGAAAUAAAUAGAGCGUAGCCUAGAUUUUUGCACGCAAGAAAAGUUUAUGUUGACGAUAACAAGCAUAGAUAUAUAGAAAAAGUGUUCAUUUUAAAAUUAUCAUUGUGAUUUCUUUCUAAAUUACGUGCAACUAUUGAAAAAAAAAGUAAUUAAUGAUAUCAAUAUACGAGAGGUAUAGGGAAAAUAAAAUAUCCUACUGUGAAUUUAGUUAAAAUUUUUUAUUUAUUGACUUUUUCACACUCAUUAAAUAUUUAUUUUUUUUGUCCUGGAUAGUUGAAUGUAGGUCAACAGGAGUUUUAGUGAAUUUUCAAUGAAUCCUUUGACGGUUUAUUGAUGUAAAAAAAAUUAUCUGAUUAAUUAACUGAACUCAAAUAAAAUAAUAAAUUAUUUUUAAUUAGCACAGCAAUAUGAUUGCAUUGAUUUUCAUUUCAUUGAAUAUGACAUUGUGGGUUUUCAAAAAGAGCUUAAGCCACUUGUAUCCGUCACUUGUAUGUGAUUGGAUAUGGUGCUUUCUAUCAUACAGAAAAAUUAAUACUUUUUUUUUUUUUUAUUCUGAUUUAAAUCGAAAAAAAUAUUAGAAUGUUUUCUUUAGCGUUUGCUUGCACUCUAGACAGUUGAUGUCAUCAUUUUUAUAGACAGUAAAGGAGAAUUGAAAUUUCAAAGACAAAAAACAGUACAAUUAGAGUAUGAAUGAUACGAGAAAGACAUAUAAAUAAUAACCUAAUUGCAUUUACGUCUCUAUACUGAAUAGUGAGACCGACAGUUGGGUUAAAUGGAUUUUCAAAAUUGCAUUCGAAUUUGCGGACUUAGAUUUCCGGUUUUUAGACGUGUGUCAUGUACAAACUCGACAAAGCCAUUAGCAAAAUAAUCAAAACAAAAAACCGAAAGCUUACAGUCAAUCAAUUAAACUUCCAAAAGUCUAUUUAAUUGAGUUUAAAAAAAAAAAUUAAAUUAAAAGUCAGUAGAAUAUAAAUAAAAAUUCGUGACAAGUUCAUGAAAAAAAAUCAAAUAAUGAAUAAAAAUUUCAAAAGUUGCACGUAUGAGAAUUAACGAGCGUCGUUAGAGAAUGAGUCGAGAAUAUUCCGCUAUUCGCUGUCUCCUGUCGAUCCACUACCAUGCGCUGGGCUUGAAGAUAAUUAAGCAAAUAAUUAAAUAAUAAUAACUAAUAAUAAUUAUAAUAAAUAAUUCGUGAUACAUUGCAUCUCUCUUGCAAGUGUCAACGAUCAUUUGGCCAACUCUAAUCAAGAGUCUAGGCAUAAUUAAAUCGUUCGAGCAACGUUAGAAUAUUAAAAACCUCAUUGACGAUAAAGUGUUCCAAUUAAUUAAAAAGAAUAAUAAUAAAAUGAAUGAAUAAAUGAUUAGAAUAAUCGUAUAAAUAUUGUAUACUUAAACAGGGACGACAAAAGAAGAUUGUCAUGUUAUGUCUUCAUUGUGUCCAAUAAAAAAUGUGAUUGUAUAUCAUUCAUAUAUUAGACUCAGUUUUAUAUGAGUCCUCAACGUAAGCAGGAUUCGAUGUCUCGCUAUGAAUUGAUUUCGUUUCGCUUUUUAACUUCACUUUUAUUUAAAUAUUUAAUUUCAUUCAAUAUUUUAUAAGUUAAAACAAUUACUAAUGGCCUGUUAUGAACAGCAAAUUUAUUUCUUUAGGCGAGUUUAUGUUUAUAAAUUUACGAUGGUGAAGUGAUGUGUUAUUUAAAGUUCGUAUUAGAGGGCAAUAAUGUUAAAUUAAUCGGCAAAAUGGAAGAGCAUAAAAUGAAAAGUAGCUAAAAUACGACUGUAAAAAAUAAUAAAAAUAAAAUGAGCCCUCGGGGAAAUUUGUAGACUUCUCUAAGACGUUAGUUGACUUUAGUUCUUGUGCGUCUAUUGUCGGAAAUAUCUCAUACUAUUGACUUCACUUCUUUCUUUAUUUCAUUUCUUUUUGAAUCUAGAAAUUGGCUUUUUCUUUCAUUAGUUUUCAGAGACAAUCAAUUUUAAUUUUUCUCAAGAGAAUAACUUUUAUGUUCAAUAAUCAAAUAAACAUACUGCUAUGAUAAUAUUAAUCAUAAAAAUAAUCAUAAGAAUAUUAUUAAAAAAAAAUCUGUAACUUUUUGGUUCAUCCAUUUUUAUCACCUCAAUUUAAACCGGGAAAUAAGUGAAGUAGAAAAUACGAUCGGCCAAAAACUAUUUAUUAUUCACAAUCAUAUGUGGGGAAAUUUUAUAAAAAAAAAUCACUCGAAAAUUUAAUACCUCAUGCUUUUUAAUAAUAAAUUAUUUAAUGAAUAAAUUUAUUGGUUUACAAUCAGUUUAAUAUAGUUUAGAAUUUUUAUUUUAAAAUAUACACUUAAGUACUUGAAAGCUUUAUUACAGCCAACAACUGCAGUUGAAUAUAUAGACUUUAUAUCGUUCUUUUGAAAUUUAAACUCUUCAUCCACAACUUCCGUUGAUAAAAGCACUAGAAAAACGUGCUGCUAUAUCUACUAGUAAUUUCGCAUUCUUUGAGCAACUUCUUCCUUGGUUUCCACGGAUUCUCGUUAUCAAGAAAUUAAUCGUGAAGCGUUCAAGUCACUCCAUUAUACGAGACUUCGAUAUUGUUCGUGAUGUGAAUAUACUAAAACCGUAGUUACCGCUUUCUAAUAGAAUCGACGAGUGCAAAGAAUCGCCAUUGUCGAAUAUUAAGUCUGAAAGAAGACGUACUGAUUUCGGAAGCAAUUUACUGAGGUUUUGGCAGCUUUAAUUGUCGACUAUUAACAACGUCAAUGACUAAAACGUGAGAAAAUUUCCAACAUAAACCACUGGAAAUGUGAUUUUAAAGGAUUCACUCGUCAUAAUGGCUAUCUUCUGUCAUGGAAAACAUAAAAAGCUUAUGAGUUAACAUCAUAAACGGUGAUAAAUGAAGUUGAGGGCAAAGUUAGAAAUAUUAAUAAAGUGGUAGGGUUUCAGGGGAAAAAUACAAAAAUUAUCAUUAAAUAAACAUAUUUCAAACUUUUUAAAUACUUUUUCUAUCUGAUUUUUUCCUUGCGGUUUUGUAUUUAUUUGAUUCUCUUGCGAUAAAUUGUAGCAUUGCAGUAAAGUGGUUUUCAUUGAGUAGAAUAGAAAUGUAAAGUCACUAGAGUUGAUUUAAAUAAAUUUUUAAAAAAUUCAAAAUAUAAUAUGAAUUGUUAGAAAAAAAAAAUAUUUUUCUUAAAAGCGAUACGAUAACAAUCAUAGCGAGAAUAAAGUUCAUUUUAAUAAUAUAAAUAUUAUGAUAAUUGAAUAAUAAAUAUAAUAGAAAUAAUGAUAAUGAUAAAAAACAAAUAAUUAGUACGAAAUUAUACACAUAUGAACAUAAUAAGCAUAUAGAAAAUACGUUCGUAAUCGGUUUUACGAGAAGAAAAAUGUAAUAUAUGUGUGGAAAAGAUUAUAAAUACGCGAAUAACAAUAAGCUAAUGAAUAAACAGAUAAAUAAUAUGGUAUUAUAAAUAAUAUAAUGUAAAGACAAUGAGAGUUGAAUAAUUGAUUAGAAUGGAUAAAACUGUUAAUGAAUUGUAAUAUUAAAUAAAUUAAUGUUAAAUUAAAAUAAUUUAAUUAACGAAAAAAAUUUAAUAAAACACAAUGGAAUUGAUUUAGGAUUACAUGGGCAAUGAAGUAUACAAUGUCCAAAAUGUUUAACUUUAUCAUAAUCUUAUGAAUGAAUUAUGACAUAUAAUAAACAAGUUAUAAAGCGAUAAUUCUACAAACCAAAACAAUAUCUGAUAAAUAAAUAUUAUUUAUUCGCCAUUCACUUGUAUAGAUUUUUUUCCAGAAGGUGAAUAAAACUAAAUUUAUUUAUAAAUUUAAGAAAUAAAACUGUCAAAUAAAUAUGGAGCCCGAGUUCAUCGAUUAUGUCCAGGGCUAUUACACUUAGGUUAAAAUAAAUAUUCUCAUUGGAACAUUAAUUCAUAGAAAUAACGGCGAAAAAUACUAUAUUUAAUCUUGUUCAUAUAAAAAAAUAAUUGCUGACUUUGCACCUGUUUAGAUAUUUCAAUUA